UAACCAACUUUUCUAUUCUAAAUGUUCUUUGCACCUAUUUAUCUUUCUGAAAGAUCAUUAAAAGACUCAGUUACAGGCUUGUUUAAAGUAACAGACUCCAUAUUCCUUCUUUGCAAGUGCAUGAGAAACUCAAUCAUGAAAAGCGUAUUUGAAGAGCGACCACCUCCUCAGAUUUCAAACCAUGCAUCAACUAGCGGCCAACCUAAAGAUGAUCAAGAAAUGGGCUUUAAUGCCAUGCCAAAGGGUGGAGAUGUCUCCAACAAAUCAGCCUUUAGCUGCUUUCCACAAGGAAUUGAUCUAAAUCUUGGACGGGUGCUUUUAGCAGAGAUGGUAGGGACUUUCAUUUUGAUGUUUUCUGUAUGCGGGAUCGUAGCGUGCACCCAGCUCAUUAGAGGAGAAUUGGGUCUUUUGGAGUAUGCAACCACAGCAGGAUUGACGGUGGUGGUUGUGAUUUUCUCCAUUGGUCAUAUCUCUUGUGCGCACGUCAAUCCUGCCGUCACAUUAGCCUUUGCAACCUUUGGUCAUUUUCCAUGGUCCAAGGUUCCGUUCUACAUAUUGGCACAAACCCUGGGUUCCGUGUUGGCAACAUGUAUUGGACAGUCUGUCUAUGGUCUUAAAUCAGAAAUAUUGACCACGCGGCCACUCCAUGGCUGCAGUUCUGCCUUCUGGGUGGAGCUCAUUGCGACUUUUAUUAUCAUGUUCCUUGCUGCAUCAUUGAUAGACCAAUAUCACUCUAUAGGCCAUUUGUCUGGCUUUGUUGUUGGAAUAUCCAUUACACUAGCUGUGUUAAUCACAGGGCCUAUUUCAGGAGGAUCAAUGAAUCCUGCAAGGUCAUUGGGACCUGCAAUCAUUUCGGGGAAAUUCAAAGACUUGUGGAUAUAUGUAACUGCUCCAGUGAUUGGAGCUGUGGCAGGUGCCCUUCUGUAUCAAGGCCUACGUCUUCAACCCCGCUCAUGUUUUCCCACCUCUUAAGGCCAAGUCUCGUGGAUCAUACCUACCUUGGCUUUGGCUCAAGUUAGUGCAGAAUGUAUUUGCUAUUUAGAUUAGCCAUGCUUCAUGGAUGCUUGUAACCAAACUAAUGCAGAAGCAGCCAUCGGCCAGAUGCCACAACAUUUUUUAAAGUAUCAAAUGCUUUAUAGUUAUAUAUACUUAAUUUGUCUUUGUUUCCGAGUGGAUUGGAGCCUUUUUGUAUAUGGUCAAAAUAAGUCCUAGUAUAAUGAAGUUAAAAGCACAUAAGCAUGCAGGAUA